AUGGCUGUAGAUAUAAGAGAACCUGUCAAGUUUGUAGAAGAGCCAAACACUCACCUGAAGUGUCCAAUUUGUAGAAAAUGUUAUGAAGAUCCAGUCAUAAAUGGCAAUGUAAAUUGUGGACACACAUUUUGUAGAGGUUGUACACAAAAUUUGGAUAAAUGUCCAAUAGAUUCUGCGCCCUGUGAUUCAGAUAAAUUAGUUCUGAAUAGACUAGUAGUUGGUCAGAUAAAUGAUUUGUUGAUACAUUGUCCGUAUGGUUUGAUUCAGCAAAAUAAUGAAUGGAUUGAAGAUAAAAGUGGUUGUUCAGAACACCUAACUUUAGGAACUAUAGAUGAACACAGGAAAAUUUGCCAGUAUGUUUUAGUUUCAUGUAAAAAUAAUAAAGAUUGUGGUAAAUAUCGACGCCAGGAUUUAAAAAAUCAUCUUCAAAACUGCCGUUUUAAUCCAUGUCCCAAUUUUAUGUAUGGAUGUGAUUUUAGAGGAUUGUUAUCAAGUAUACAACAACAUGUAGAAAAUUGUUCAUUAAAAUCACCUAGUAUCUAUCUGGAAAGAGAAAAUAAAACCUUAAAUAAAGAGGUUAAGUGUUUAAAAGAGAAAGUUAUAUUUCUAGAAAGUGGUCGUGAGGAAUUGUCUUCACAAUUAGCUACUUUAGAACAGACUGUUAACAUAUAUUUUAGUUCUAUAAAUGGAUUACAACAGAAAGUAGAGGUAUUACAGUGUUCAAAUAAAAGUUUAUCAUCAAUCCCCACAUCACCAUCAUCCAGUCCCACAAAUACUACUAAAUUUGAACAAUGGGAAAAACCAUUUCAGUUUAAAUGUAUUGGUACACUCAGGGGUCAUCAAGAAGUAGUAUGGUGUUUAACUAUUUAUCAUGGUAAAUUAUACAGUGCUGGUACUGAUACAGUUAUAAAAGUCUGGGAUUUGGAUGCCUUGGCUAAAGGAUGUAUAGAUAAUCUUAAAGGUCAUAAAAAACGAAUUCAUUGUUCAUGUGUGGAUGGAGGAUAUCUCUAUACUGCUGGCGAUGAUCUAUCUAUUAUACAAUGGAACUUAGCUAGUGAUUCACAUAAGAACUCUAUCAUUGAGAAUGCCCAUGAUAACACAAUCUGCUCAAUGUUGAUACUUUCAGAUCAUUUAUUUACUUCAUCAUUCUCUUUAAUCAAGGCAAAGGUUUGGAAUAUUAAAACAUUAACAUUAAAACAUUCCAUAUCAGGAUUAAACCAUUGGGUAAGAGCCUUAGCUCUCAGUCCUAAAAAGGAAUGGUUAUAUAAUGGUUCUAACAAUGCAAUCAAUAUCUGGGAUACAGCAACAUUUGAAUCAGUUAGCAACAUUAAACAUAAUCUAGGUUCUGUCUAUUCACUAGCUGUUACCAGACAAUAUAUCAUAGCUGGAACAUUUGAUCAAAAUAUUCAGCUGUUUGAUGUUAAGUCUGGCGAGAAAGUUUUUAAUUUAAAAGGCCAUUUUGGUGCCAUCACUGGAAUUGUUCCUUCACCAUCAGGAAAAUUUUUAUUUUCUAGUUCACAUGAUUGUAUUGUUCAGAUGUGGAAUUUAGAAACAUUUCUACCAAUACAAACAUUAUCUAGACACCAGGGUAGUGUAAAUACAUUAGCUUUAUAUGGUAAUAUGUUAUUAACCGGUUCUGAUGAUAAAGAAAUUAAGGUAGGUUUGAUAUAUCUUACUCAUAUCUCUUGA